AUGAGCGCAAAAAAGAACAUUAAGAAGUACGCAACCGAAAUUACUAACAUUCCAACAAGCAGAAUCCCAACUAACUUGAAGCGCGUUGGUUUUGUAUGCAUUAACUGCUACCUCGGAACACGUUAUUCUCUUGGCGACGGUCCAUUGAACGAUGGCUACAACAUGACUAAGUGCCUCAAGAGGUACGGCUUCCAAGUAUUCUACACUUUCGAUAUCAAGUCAAAAGGAUUCCUUGACCUUCUUGAAUUCUUCCUCAAGAACGUUUCUGUUGAACUUGUCGUCUAUUACGUCGGUCACGGUACAAAUGUUACUGAUACUAGUGGCGAUGAAGCUGAUAGAAGUGAUGAGGCUCUCGUUUUCGUUGAUAGAAACAUCGUUGAUGAUGAAUUAGAAGGAGUUGUCUCUGCAAGCAAGAAUCCAGAUUCAAAGGUUGUCUUCGUCUCCGACUGCUGCCACUCAGGAUCCAUCUGGGAUAUUCAGAGUGGAAACGUUAAUGGCCGCAAGCUUCAAGAUAGAAUCAUGUCUGUCUCUGCUGCUAACGAUAAGCAGACAGCUAAGCAGACUGUUGCAGAUAGAGUCGAGCAAGGUAUGUUUACAUACAACUUGAUGAAGACUCUUAAGGCCGAUCCAGAUAUGACUGCAACAGAAUGCAAGAAACGUCUUGCAACUGCUCUCCGCAGAUAUGCACAAACUGUUACUAUUGCAUCUACAACUCCUGAGCUUCUUAACGAGCCAUUAUUCUUAAUGAAUUAA